AUGCCGCCGAAAGUUCAACGAACCCCGGCGAAGAAGCAAGCGGAAGAAGAUGAUGAGUUGGACGGCCUGAUCCACCUCCGGAACCAGGAGAUGGACACCCUCGAGGAGCUCCAAACGGAACUUGCUGGUUGGGCACGAGCUGAUCGUACGGCUUCGGAUGUCCGAUCGCAUCUGAAGAACCUGGAGCGGAUCAACAACGACUUCGGCAACCUCCACCAGCGAAUUGUCCUCCUGACCGACUCCAAGACUCGGGGACCACACGACGCGAAGAGGAAGGAGUUCAGAAAGCUGCACGACCAGGUCUCCAGAACUCUCGAGCGAUGGGCGGAUGACCUCGCACCCGCUGUCGCUGCAGGUCCAUCCACGGCACUCCAACCAGCCAGGCCCCAACCGGUCAUCAUCUCGCAACCCCUGCCCAGAAUCAUCCCAAAGUUCGACGGCAAGUACGAGUCCUGGGACAGAUUCAAGGUAAUGUUUAAGGACGUCGUGGACAAGUCAAACGAACCGGCCAGGAUCAAGCUUUACCACCUUGAACAAGCCUUGAUCGGAGAAGCUGCAGGUUCCAUCGACGAAAAGACCAUCCAGGAUGGCAACUACGAGCGAGCCUGGGAACUGCUGGAAGAGCGGUUCGAAGACAAGCGGCGGAUGAUCGAUCUGCACAUCGGCGGUCUGCUGGGAGUGCAGAAGCUAGAAGAGGAGAGCCACGCGGACUUGAGGGCACUGCUGGACAACUUCACUGGACACGUCGAGAACCUCAAGUUCCUGGGCCAGGAGUUCUCCGGAGUGUCCGAGCAAAUCGCCAUCUACAUCUUGGCACACGCGCUGGACGAAGGAACCUACAAGCAGUGGGAGGCGACCAUCAAGCGUGGGGAACUCCCGAAGUACGAAGCGGCCAUCCAGUUCCUGAAGGACCGAGUCUCCGUUCUGGAACGGUGGGAGGCCACGAACAAGUCGGUACCGAAGCAGCGAAAACCAGCCAAGCCCUCCGCCAACAAGCCGUCUCAGCGAGCCAACGCGGCCACAACACCGUCGCAGCCGGAAUUCCGGUGCGAGAUCUGCGCCGAGGCGCACCAAACGUUCCGAUGCUCAACGUUCCUCGGAUACACGGUGGCCCAGCGAAAGGACAAGGCGAGGGAGAAGAACCUGUGCUACAAUUGCCUGCGGCCAGGACACUCAACGAAGCGGUGCUCUUCGAAGUACACCUGCGGUAAGUGCCAACGGAGACAUCACACAACGCUGCACGAACCACGAGAACAGCAAGAAUCUACGCAGAAGCCGGCCACUCCCCAGAGUGUGGCCCCACAAGUGAACCAGCCGCCAGUGAUCCAACCCGCUGGCCCAUCUCAGCAGACGUCCAGCCAAGCAACCUGCAACCACACCCAGACGGUGAAGACCGUGAUGCUGCUCACCGCGGUCGUCAACCUGCUCGACGACCAGGGCCAACCCGUGCCCUGUCGCGUCCUCCUCGACAACGGUUCCCAAGUAAACUUUAUUACGCUCACUAUGGCCGAUCGCUUAAAGCUACAACGAGUUGCUGCCAACGUCCCGAUCUGCGGCAUCGGGGCCGUGAAGACCUACGCCAAGGAGUCUGUCACGGUCGAGCUCAAGUCCCGAGUCAGCAACUUCUCCGUCAACGUCGAGUGCCUGAUCGUUCCGAAAGUGACCGGGAUGGUUCCAGCUGUGCCAGUUGACAUCAACGAGUGGCCGAUUCCUGUCGGCGUCCAGCUGGCCGACCCAGCAUUCCACAAGCCUGACCGCAUCGACAUGCUGCUGGGGGUCGCAAUGUUCUUCCGGUUGCUAAAAUCGGGACAGAUGGAGUUAGCUGGCAAUCUACCGGAGCUGCGCGAGACUCACCUCGGCUGGGUCAUCGCCGGAGAAGUUGGAGACACCGUCCCAAGCCCGCAGUACACGCACACUGCCACACUCGACGACAUCAACGAAGCGAUCCAGAGAUUCUGGCAGGUCGAGGACAUCGACAGUGCCACAGCGGUCUCCACCGAGCAAGAAGAAUGCGAGGCGUUCUUCGCGUCCACCCACAAGCGGGAUCCAACCGGCAGGUACGAGGUACGCUUGCCAUUUCGUCCAGUCGUCGCCAAGCUCAACGACAACCGCAGCCUAGCUCUUCGGCGCUUCCUGUCGCUGGAGCGACGACUCGCCCGAGAUCCUGCCUUGAAGCUGCAAUACGGUGAGUUCAUUAGGGAAUACGAAGAACUGGGGCACUGCAAGUCGGUUGAAGAGGCCGACGACUUACCGAACACGAACUGCUACUACAUGCCCCAUCACGCUAUCCUGCGCCCCUCGAGCUCCACGACCAAGUUGAGGGUCGUAUUCGACGCAUCUGCAAAGAUGUCCCCCACGAGCGUGUCCCUGAAUGAAGCCCUCCAGGUCGGAGGCACCGUCCAGAACGAUCUCUUCUCGAUCCUCCUCGCCUUUCGAAAGCACCCUGUCGCCUUUACCGCAGACCUCUCGAAAAUGUACCGCCAGAUUCGCGUGGCCCCAUCUGACACUCGCUUCCAACGAAUAUUCUGGAGGGCCGAUCCGUCCGAGUUCAUCCGUGUCCUGGAACUCACCACGGUGACCUACGGAACCGCGUCCGCACCCUUUCUUGCUACGCGAUGUCUGGUCCAGCUCUGCGACGACGAAGGUGAAAAUUUUCCGCUGGCUGCCAAGAUUGUGCGCGAGGCCUGCUACGUCGACGAUAUCUUGUCCGGUGCGAGCUCCCCCAAAGAAGCGAUCGACUGUCUGACGCAACUGCAAGGCCUGCUCAGUCGCGGUGGAUUUCCUAUCCACAAGUGGACCUCCAACGAACCUACGGUGAUGGAACGCAUACCUGAAAGCGAUCGAGAGAAGCUGAUCGACCUGGACGGAUUGAUCGGCGGUGUGGUCAAGGCCUUGGGACUCUACUGGAGUCCAGGAGACGACGAGUUUCGUUUCACCGUCACCCAAGCUGAAGCAGAUGCCACCAAGCGCCGUGUCCUCUCGGAGAUCGGCAAAUUCUACGACGUGCUGGGACUCCUGUCGCCAGUCAUCAUCAAGGCCAAGAUCCUGAUGCAGCGAGUCUGGCUCGCUGGUCUAACGUGGGACGUUCUGCUGGAAGGCGGGAUGAUGGACACGUGGCACCAAUUCCAGUGCGCACUCCCCGACGUGCGCGACAUCCGUAUCCCUCGGUACGUGAUCGGGCCUGGCAACCCGGGCCUGGAGCUUCACGGAUUCAGCGACGCCUCCAAGGUCGCCUACGGUGCGGUGACCUACGUUCGCAGUCUGCUCCCGAACGGCAAGUGCAAGAUGCGGCUGCUUUGCAGCAAAUCGAAGGUGGCUCCAACCAAGCCAUUGGACAUCCACCGACUGGAACUGCUUGCCCUUCGACUGCUCUCGAGGUUGGUGGUGAAGGUCAUCGCGGCGCUGAAUCUCCCGUUCCGAAAUGUGGUGCUGUGGUGUGACAGCCAAGUCGUGCUUGCCUGGAUCAAGAAACCGCUGGACCAGCUACAAACGUUCGUGCGCAACCGCGUCGCAGAGAUUCGGAAAGAGACCGGCGGGUUUAUCUUCAAGUACAUUCGCUCCAAGGACAACCCGGCCGACCUGAUCUCUCGCGGCAUGUUUCCAGCCGCCCUGAUGAAAUGCGGUAAGUGGUGGGAAGGACCAGAGUUUCUUGAAUCCGUCGUGUACCAGGAGGAACCUACAAUCGAGAUACCGGACAGUGAGCUACCAGAGUUGAGAACAGUGAAGCUAGUUACCUUGCUGGCCUGCAACACGACCGACUUCCCUAUCUUCGAGGACUGCAGCUCAUUUCGAAAGCUGCAGCGAAUAAUGGCGUACGUGCUGCGUUUCGUGAACAACUGCCGGAUCAAGAACCCCACGGAACGAACUCGCCUACGCCAUCUCACUGUUCCUGAGCUGCGGUCGUCCCUGAAGCUGAUCGUGAAGGUGGUGCAGCACGACGUGCUGUCUCAAGAGAUCCAGCAAGUGGCCGAGAACGACACGGCCGGGCGUCUCCAAGGUUUGACGCCGUUCCUACAUGAAGGCCUCCUACGAGUUGGAGGAAGACUACAGCAUUCCGAGCUGCCGUUCGCAGCCAAGCACCAGCUGAUCCUGCCCAAGCACCGAAUUACCAACCUGAUUGUGAAGGCCUACCACGAAGAACACCUGCACGCGGGGCCGUCGUCACUGCUCGCAAUCCUGCGGAGACAGUUCUGGCUGCUCGACGGACGGUCGACAGUUCGGAGCGAGACGAGAAGCUGCGUGACGUGCUUCCGCGCGAAGCCACGCAGUACGAGCCAGCUGAUGGGGAGACUGCCGUCCUGCCGUGUGACCGAGAACCUUCCGUUCGACGAGGUCGGCGUGGACUACGCCGGACCGAUUCUUGUGAAGGUAGGAACCCGGAAGCCACAGAUCGUCAAGGCAUACUUUGCCGUCUUUGUUUGCAUGGUGACAAAGGCGAUCCACCUCGAAAUUGUUUCGGACCUCACGACCGAGGCAUUCCUGGCCGCCCUCCAGCGCUUCGUCAGCCGACGCGGCGUGCCUCGCCGAAUCCACUCGGAUAACGGCACCAACUUCAAGGGGGCCAAGUCAGAACUCCACGAGCUGUACGUCCUCUUCAACGAACGCACGUUCAACGACCGGAUCCAGACGUACUGCCAGCCCAAGGAAAUCGCCUGGUCGUUCAUCCCUCCCGGCGCGCCGAACUUCGGUGGCCUUUGGGAGGCCGCUGUAAAGAGCACGAAGUACCACCUGAAGAGGAUCCUCAAGAACGCACAGCUUACCUUCGAGCAGUACGCGACCGUGCUAGCGGAGGUCGAGGCCGUGCUCAACUCAAGGCCGCUUUUCGCAACGUCAACCGACCCUGUGGAUCCGGAAGUCCUGACGCCGGGACACUUCUUGAUCGGCCGCCCUCUAACGGCCAUUCCGGAACCGGCGUACGAGGGAACACCGAUAAACCGGCUGUCCAAGUGGCAGCACCUGCAGCUCUUGCGAGAGCACUUCUGGAGAGCUUGGCGGCGGGACUACCUGACGACCCUCCAGCCAAGAGGAAAGAACCGGAAGGAGAUGCCAAACGUCCGCCCUCAAAUGGUGGUCCUGCUGGAGGAGAAGAACGCGCCGCCACUUGAGUGGAAAAUGGGGAUUGUGCAACAGACCUACCCUGGACCGGACGGUCUUGUGCGCACUGCGGACGUGAAGGUCGGUGGAACCGUCAUCCGACGACCGACCUCGAAGCUGUCCGUCUUGCCGAUCCUGGACAACGAACCGGAAAAAACUGCUGCGUCUUCGUCCCAGCCCGGGGGGAGGAUGUUGGCGGCUAGACUGGCUGCGUAA